AUGGCCGACUACUUUUCCGAUUUUUCAAACCUGGCCAGCAACAAAGGCCUCCCAGCACCGGCCGAUACUCCUUACGAGACUCCGAGUUAUAUCCGUUCCAAGCGCUCCUCUCGCGCGACACUCGGUGAUUCUUCACGCGAGCAAUCAGCCUCACCCCCACCUCUCCCGAUCGACACGUCGGCAAAUCAGGAAAAAAGCCAGGAUGGUCUGCGGACACCGGUGGUGGAUCCUCGACGAUUCACACCUACCCUCCACGCGUCACUUGUCUCGGAGAUCCUGACGCUCCGACGGGAGCUCGACUCCAAAAACAACCUGGUGGAGAACCUCGAAUCAUCCCUCUCCAGCGCCAAGAACGAAAAUGAGGUCCUUGCAAAGAAAUACUCCGAUAGCACUCGAGAGGUUCGUAAGGCGAAACAGGCCGUUCAGCAGAUGGAACAGGGCACUCUUGAGGCCGUGGAAGACCUGAUCAAGGAUCGAGAUGAGGUGCACGCGGUCAACGAGGAUCUCCGGACAAAGUUGGAAGCGUUGCAGAAGAAGGUGCGACAACAGGAUGAGGACGCCGCGCGGACACAGACCAUCUGGGAGAAUGAGAAGGAAGCAUUUGACAGCGAGCGGCGACAGCUCGAGCGCCGUCUGCAUGUCACGGAAAGCCGGCUGCGAGCAUUUGUGGACGAAAUGACCGCUCAACAAAGCGCCGCUGCGGCCGUUGUGCACAUUGAAGAGCCGGAGGAGGAAGUCCAUUUCAAAGACAGCGCAUUGGGCAAUGAUAGCGACACAGCGAGCAUCCACUCGGCUACGACACCCAUGAAGUCUGAUCACAGACGGAAUGGAAGCGCCGUGAGCACGCGCUCGCGGCAUGCCCGUGGCUCGAUGAUCUCACGACAUCUGGAAACUCCUGAGCCAAUUCGUCCCGCAGGAAACAGCUUGGCUGAUGAGCUCGAAGACGACGAAGAGUUCGACGACGAAUUCGAUGCGAUCGACGAAGAAGUCGAAUAUACUCUCGCGACUCCUGCCCGGCACGUUGAAUUGCGCGAGAUCGAUCACCGCAAUCCACGCAUUGUCGACGCUCGACAGAGUGCUCGGGUUGAGCAAUUCCAACGUGGCAUCGAAUCACGGCAGAGUCUGCGCGCAGAACCCUUCAGCACGCCUAAACGCAAUGCCGCGGCAGCGAGUCUAGGGUCGCCGACGAAAUCUUCCUUCACUCCCGCGGCAGCAUCACCACUUCUGCCUCCGCCGAAUAUCGUUGCGGCGGUCCGAGAGCCGGCGCGUCAGGCGGAAUAUGUUGAUCGCGGGUAUCAGCCUUCACCUCCGUCGACUCCGCCGCGAGUGGAAAUCACCAGCCAUGACGGCGAGGCUGCAAUUUACCGAGAGGACGCCUCGGGCGAUGACGUUUUCGCUGUUAAGCCUGCGGCUGUGGCUGCGCAAGCAACCAGCAACAGCCACGAUAUCGCAAGUGUUCCUGCGCUAGGCGAUGAUUCCGCAGCGGUCGCCAAAGCUGCGGUGGACGAAAUCUCAACAUCGGAUUCACCCAGGGCUCGCAUCACACAUUCUUCAUACACGUCUACAUCCACCCAGACUGACAUCGCAGAGCUAGAGACUAUUCGUAGCCAUAAACCGAAGCAAGACAGCCUUUCUCCGGCAUCCUUUGUACCUGCAAUCGCCAUUCAUCCUCCGAGCUCGCGGCCAUCCUCGCCACGACCAGCCGUCCUGCCUCCUGGAACCAAGAAUGCCUCGGCCCAGACCGAUCUGCCGUGGCCCGGCGUGGACGCGAGUAUGCAGACCGAGGAGAUUCGCGUCGACAAACGCGUCCCUCGAUUGGCCGCUCAUUUGCUACCGAGUCCGACUCUGGUGGACUCGCUUCAAUCAAAACGCGCAUCUGUUUCGGCCUUGGUCAGAAACAUCUCCAUCCGAGCGGCUUCGAGUUUUGAUUUCCAAUAUUCUCCGACUGUGCAGUCUCCACAGUCCAGCAGGGAGAACACUCGCGAUGGCAUGGGCUCCCGGGAUGUCGUCUCACCACAUGCCAUGCCCCUCAAGGCCUUCCCGCUUCCUCGGCCGGUCCUUUCGCCUCCCCCAGCUACGAUCCCGGAGGCGGUCAGCAAUGGACCGCUCAACCGUUCGGCUCAAUACGGCGUCAAACAGACUCGCAAAAUGUCCCUCGAUAAGAAGUUACAGCACGGGGAUGAUACAGAGGGCUGGUCGGACAACAACAACAGCGAUUACGAUGACUUGAUCGCGGAUCUGGAUCUUCAUGACGACGUGGCUGGAGACUACCCGGUCUCGGUGCGUGCGGCUGCGACAGGAGUUUCGGAGGCCAUUGAAGCAUCCAAUGGGGUCGCACAUGAUGACGUGACAUCUUCUUAUGGCAAGCGACCCACAACUGCCAGCUCGUAUGGUGCUGCGCCCGCCCCCUCUGUCUCAAGCAGCCGUGCACCCUCUCGCACACAAAUGCACAGCAAACGUGGCAGCACGUCAAAUACGAAAGGCCACCGAUCCCGCAGCCCUAGCUUCGCCAGUGCCAUUUCGAGCAGCUACAGCACUCAGUCGGUGCCUGCCGUGCCUCCGUAUCCAAUCCCACUUCGAUCCAGCUCAAAGACUAUCGCAACAGCCCUCAGCGAUGGCACAUCCAGUCCGACGCCCGGGAGUGGAAGCAAUCGCUACAGCACCGCCGCCCAAGCUGGUCUGCGCAAAGUCCAGUCAGCUGCCAUCAUUCGUGGGAAUCGCGGUAAGAACCCCUCCUCUCCCACAACCACCAAGAUCCGGCGGCGCCGUCUCCGAUCUCCCGACCUCACGCCUGUGCAAUCAAUGGCAUUUGACAGCCCACCCAUCGCGACCGACUUCCCCAUCCCGGAUCUUCCGAUUCCUUUGGUCGACGGAUCCACUCUGGAAGUGCCUGCUCCGCUCUCCGUGCAGGAAGUCACCAUUCUUGGUCCUCAGAUGACGACUCCAAUGUCACCUGUACACACCAACCACGUUACUGCGAGCGCAGCGGCCGCUGCAGCCGCUGCUUCUCAAGUGGAGCCGCCAAACCUCGUCGAUGCCAUCGCAGCGACCAUGGUUGGCGAAUGGAUGUGGAAGUACAUCCGCAAGCGCAAAUCAUUCGGAAUCGGCGAGGACUCUUCUGCGGAGGUUUCAGUGCCGCUUCCUCCUGGACAUCACCAUGCUGGUAGCAGUACAGGCAGCAUGGGCAGUGCCAGUACGAACAGCAACACGUUAAAUAUCCAGGCCCACGGUACUCGCCACAAACGUUGGGUUUGGCUCAGUCCAUAUGAGAGGACUAUCAUGUGGGAUAACAAGCAGCCUACGAGCGGACAGGCAUUGCUCGGGAAAAAGGGGAGGAAAUUGGCCAUUCAAUCUGUUCUCGACGUCCAAGACCCUACGCCUCUUCCCGCUAAGCCGGAGCUCCGAUCGGCCUUUGCUCGCUCGAUCCUUAUCCUCACUCCCGAGCGUGCGCUCAAAUUCACGGCUAUCGAUCUCGAAAGGCACAUGCUCUGGAUGACAGCUCUGACGUUCCUGGCGCAAAACAACAAUACUGCUCCCCAUGGUGUCCCCAUGUCCCCUACUAUGCCUUCUUCCAACAACCCGGCCAUCGUACCUCGUCAUUUACAGCCUCCUCCCGCACCUGAGAGCAAUGAUGGAUUAGCGUCGCCGACUACCACUUCUGGCCGAGACCGGUCACCCUCAUUUGGGCGAUCGAACGUUCGAGAUUCAAUCCGCCUAGCCAAAGCGAAAAGCCCGGAGACGGGUCCGAUUGCUGUCGCGACCACCACUACAACUUCGGAUGCGAUUCCAACGGACCGCCAUCACGAAGCAUCUGUCGCUGCUGAGCCUCCUUCAGUGCCGCGUUUGUACGUCACCACUAGCAAACACCAACGCAAGCGCAGCAACACUCUUGGCACAUCCGCCUAUCAUCCUCGCCUGCCAUCUUCCAUUCGGAACUUCUCUUCUCCUACCCCUACGCCGAUCAUCAUUCCCAAGGCCAGCGCUGCAGUGAUGUCCAAUGGCCCGCAAUCAGCCGGCCUGACCGCACCAGCCUCAUCUGCUCCUCCUUAUCAAAACUCCUACUACACCCGCAGCGGCGCUGGCACCGCGGCAACUUACACUCCCAAGACCUACCAUACCAUGACUCCCUCUUACUCCUCCUCGUAUGCCUACUCCGGCGCCGCAUCCACCGCGUCCAACUCGGGCUAUCUUUCCGACCACCACACCACCACCUCCAGCAGUCGUCACCACCGCAACAACAAAUCCGCCUCCAACUCCAACACCAGCCCCACCGCCCCGAAUUUCUUCGAAGCCGUCGGCACCGUCCGCAUGGAAGCUUUUGUCGACCACGAUGUCGACGUCUACGACUCCCAAGAUUUUCAUAUGGGUGGUUUCUUUGGCGGAGGUGCCGCCGCUCCCAGUCCAGGCGUCGCCCGCAGCUAUACCGACGGUCCCGCCAUCGCCUCCAGCAGCAGCAGCAAGAAUAAUAACAUGCUGUACAUCCCCGCCGGCAUGCCCUUCAACCAAGCCUCCUCAGGCUUACGCUACCAAACCGGUUCGACCGCCAGCGUUUCGAAUUCCAGCGUUGCGAACGGAAGUAGUAUGACCGGUACGGCGAGGACCCGCGGCGAUAGUGGGGCGGGCAGCAGUGGCGUCGCUGCUAGUUAUCGCCAGCCGACGACGACGACAGGCCUUACGGCGGCGCAAGCAGGGCAGCAGAUGCAGUCCCUGCAGUCGGGAUUCGUAUUUGAUGAUGGCACUGCUGCAACGGCGGAUCCGUUCAAGGGAUUCUAA